AUGAGCCGGUCACGCUUGUGGCCACGCCGACUGGACUUGCUCCUUGUCGUCCUUGUGCUUGCAAGUGAUGGCCCACAAGUGGCUUCUGUUGACGCCCUCAGUACGAACACAUGUGAGACACCAGCUCCGACGCUCGCGACAUUGCGUCGAGCCGCCACUCGGGCGUCGAAUGCUGAAGUCGUGUAUCCGAAUUGCACCGUUGUGAGCAUCAGUUCGACGUUCGGUAAUGGCACGACGAUCGUCGAUGCGACCGACUUGAACAUUCAAGCAGUUGCGAGUUUCCCGGACGUGACCACGGUCCUGCUUUCCGGGAACCAGGUGACGGUUAUUUAUGAAGACGCGGACGUGGCUGUUAAGACGCUCGACUUGUCAUCCAAUGGCCUCAGUGGGUUGGAUACCCUGACAAUUCCACGCUCCGUGACGAAGCUAGUUCUAGAUGGCAACUCUAUACUUAGUCUCGCCAUCAGUGAGAUCCCUGAGACCGUGACCUCGCUGUCGCUACGACAGAACGGCAUUGUCAAGCUGAACACCUUCAUGUUCAGUGAUACAUUACUCAGGCUUGACACGAGCGACAACACUAUCCACGAUUUCUCGACGUGGAAAAUGCCGUCUCAAUUGCAGGUGUAUACGUGUAUCCAGUGCGACGCUAAAACGAUUUCCGGUGUCACGCUGCCGUCGUCGGGUUCCUUGACUUCCCUCGAUAUGGAAGGCAGUACGGUAGAGUCUGUAGAGAUCGCGCGCUCGACUUUGCCAUUGGUCACCGGAUUGGGGAGGUUGAAGUUGACCGUCUCAAGUUCUAGUUGCAGUGAUCCCACGGCUACGAAGCAAGAAGUGCAUUCGGUGCCUAUUUGCGUGCUGCCGGACGCAGUGUACAACCGCAAGUUCGUCCUCUCUGGAUCCGUGAGCGACUCGGGUAGCGCUCUUCAUCUGCUGCCCGAUGACGUCCAGCUUUCUAAUUCGCCUGAGGCAUCGAAUUGGAUGCUUGUGGCCAUGAUUUCAGGUGCGGCUUUGCUGCUUGUGAUUAUUGGAGGCACCAUUGCUUAUCUCGUGUUUCGCCAUCGCCGUUCGAACGAGAACUUUCGAGACUACACAGCUGAUCGAUGCUCGUAUUUCCAUUCCGAAGCUGACAUUGGCACGAACAACACGACUGGCAACUCUAUGUUUGAGCGGACGUUUAACACAGGGGUGGCGGAGAGCGAAGAGCGUUCGAGACGAGACGAGACGGUUGUCAGCAGUAAGCAUCGAAGAGCUGCUUGCCCUCCGGAUUCUGCCCCUCGGUCAGUAAGCAGGAUUUCCGACCGACAUCUGGACAACGACAUCCGCACUGAUCAGAAUAUGCGGCACUAUCGUUUGAUGCACGACGAGGUGUUGCGUGGGAAGCUUGUUGCCAAGGGUGGCUACGGAGCCGUUUAUAAAGCCACGUUCCGUGGUAAAACCGUCGUAACAAAGCAAUUGCUGCCAGAGCGAGCUCGUGAUCCACGGAUGCUUAAUGACUUUAUGGACGAAAUCCGGACGUGUGCUUCUCUGGAUCACCCUAAGAUCGUGACGUUCAUCGGCUUCACAUUCACUUCUCUCAUGGACUUGUCCGCUGUGUUUGAGUACAUGCCGAACGGUGACCUUGCAGCCCUGUUGCAGAAACAGUUGAAGCGCGAGAGUCGCGACCCGACGGCUCGUGAAUCGUACGGCUGGUUCCAUACUGCAGAGUCAAGUGGAGGAGGCCGCAAGUGCAAGUCUCUUGUUGCUCUCGAUGUUGCAGAGGCUCUCGUGUACCUGCACUCUUUCGAAAGCCCGAUGAUCCACCGAGACCUGAAACCCAACAACAUCCUCUUGAGCCAUACGUGGGAAGCCAAGUUAACGGACUUCGGUGUGAGUCGCGAGCUUCGAGAGGAUCAGACCAUGACCGCCGAGAUUGGUACUAUAUCUUGGAUCGCACCCGAGGUGCUGCGCGGUGAACGGUAUACCGAAAAGGCAGACGUGUACUCGUUCGGUGUGAUAAUGACCGAGCUGGACACGUGUCGACGGCCGUACUCAAACGGCAUGACUGACGAUGAUCGUGGUGGCAACAUGAAGCACACGAAUGCUCGUAUUGCUGUGCUAGUGAGUGCCGGUUCGUUAAGGCCAUCGUUGAGUCCUGAUUGCCCCGGUAAUGUUCGGGAGCUCAUUGAAAGGUGUCUGGAUGGGAACCCAGUGAAUCGACCAUCAGCGUUACAACUGCACUUUGAGCUGCGCAACCUCGAGCUUGCACCAGACGACUUGGCGACCACAGGUCGACUGGCAAAUCGAGCCAUGUCAGCUCCCCGAAGUAAGUGCAAACCACAUCGCCGAACGCCAAAUCGACACGAGCAUCGAAAGCGGUCUGAGCCGCAGAUUGUGCUGAUUGACGACGACGAUAUUGCACUAUUGUCAAAUGAACGACGGGAUCACGUGCGAAGCUUUGUGUGA